AUGGCCACAGGAUUUGAUGCGUUGAAAAUGAUUAAUCUGAACGAAGCACCUUCAGCAUCGGAUAAACUCAAGUUUCGUCUUUUUAACUUGGAUGAUGGUCUUGGUAAAACUUAUUUGUUCGAUGCCGACGGUAUACAACAUAGCUACACAACAUCUCGUUACGUCCAAGCCACAAAAAUCAACAUGAAAACAAAAGUUGCUAUUGAAACAAUCAGCAAAACGUAUCAAGAAUUUCGACGUAGUUACUUUCGAUCAUACUCCUUUACUGUUGGUAUUCCUAUACCAUUAGGAGUAGCUACAUUUGAUAUUUCUUUUGGAUAUCAUCGUACUUUGUCCCAAGUCUAUGAAACGAUUACCAAGAAAGAAGGAUCGGUCGGAAUAUCAUCAGAUUGGUGGGGAAUAUACAAUGUCCAUCUGGCUCCAACAUAUUUACUAAAAUUUGAUUCACUGUUCACAGCAGCUCUUGAUAAACUCGUCUCUAACCCUACGACAUCAAAAGAUCAAGCCUACUACAAUCGUCUCAUCGAAACAUUUGGCACUCACUAUGUCUCAGCAGUCAUUGUUGGUGGACUUGGUAAUCUUUAUACAUACAUUACUAGUAAUUAUGCAAAAGAAUAUAGUCGUUCAGCUGUUGAAGAAGGAAUUAGAAUUGGUUUUAGUGUUGCUAUGAACAGCGGUUUGGUAGGAGCUGGAGGAAAUAGUGUUUAUACUUGGGGUGAAGAAACAUCCAGUCUUACUGAAGAAUUCAAACAAAAUUCUGAAAUGCAAACGAAAUUUAUUCCAGCUGUUAUAAUCUCACCUCAGAAUGAAAGACGACAGUGGGAUGUUUGGAAGAACCAAACAUUAUUGGAACCAGCAGUUGUCAACCGUACACUUUCUCCUCUUGUCGAUCUUCUUCUUGACUAUCCAGAUGAAGUUCAAAAGCACUUGCAGGCAACCAUUGAUUAUUACCUUCUCAAUGGAGUUCUUCCAACGUUAAAUCAAGUGUUAAGUAGCAAGUCCAGACGAAAGAAACGUGCUCUCAUCAAUUUGAAUCAAGCCAGGCCAAUACCAGGUCUUGAUGUUGUGGGUUGUGGAUUCGACAUUGGUGAUAUUGAAAGUCGUCAAUGCCUCUUUGACCUAUCGACAAAUACGAAUACUACUUCUUCGUGGAUUGAUGUCUAUAACAAUGAUAAAACUUACAUGAUUCCACCUAAUUUUUUUGUCUCAGAUAAACGUGAUGCCAGUGCAAUGUAUGAAAGCAGAUUCUUCAAAACACUUGAUGAAUUCUUUCAAAUGUCUAUCUACAGUAUACAAGAAGAUAAUAAUGGCUUCCUUGGCUUAGGAGCAACAUCAAAACGUAAAGACAUUAUUGAGAAAUACCGUCAAUUCUACGACUAUAAGUAUCAAAUGGCUUGGACACGAAGACAAAUCUCAAUGUACACACUUUCCCUAGCCACGUUUCCAACCCCACAAUUCAAUGACAUAACGCAACAAGCUAUUGAUCAACUACCUAAUACAUUUGAUAACAGCUCCAUUUCAAAUAUAAAAAAAUGGAAAGCAUUCUUCAAUGCCUAUGGAACACAUUUUGUUGCCAGUUCAGACAUGGGUGGUUUAUUGUGGGCAGAAGAUUAUUUUGAAGGAUGUUUAAUUACAAAAUAUAGUGAAAGAUGGGUUAGAGAACAAUUGAGAAGAAGUUAUUGGUUUUUUGGUGAUAUAACCUAUUCAGAAAGUUAUACAAUGAAUGUUGAUCAAAUCUACAAAACAUAUAGGUUAUCUAUGUCAAAAUUGAUUGGUGGUAUUGAUAAUAAUCCAGGUAAAGCCUCCUCAAUUGAACCCUAUGUGAUUAAUGCUUGGAUUUCAACACUUAAAAAUCAUCCACAACCUAUUAAUUAUCGUCUUCUACCAAUUUACACACUACUUCCAAAAGGUGAUAAAAAAGCAGCAAUGAAAACUGCAACAUAUUAUUUUCGUUUACAAGCAGCUGCAGAUGCAAAUCUCUACAUCCAACGUCUGCAAACACAUCCAAAUCCACCACCUCUACCAAAAUUAGAUUGUUCUCCAACUGCACGACAGAGAAAACGUGCUAUCAAGAGCUCUGCAUUCGAUCUAACAAGAGCACGAAAAAGUCUUUGUCCAGUUGUUGGAUUUCGAGGAACAUUCUGUCCAGGUGAUCCAACUUGGAGUAUCAAUUUCACAAACUCAUCACUCACCUCUAAAGCUCUAUCACUCUUGCCACGACGAAAUUUACCAAACGGUGUGGGUAUGGCUAUUGACAUUAGUAAUGGAAAUGUUCUUUUGCCAGCUCUGCAACUCACGUAUCCUCUCUCUCUUUCAUCUGGUUCUGUAUGGAAAGAUCCACAUUCUGGUCGAAUCUUUAUCUUGCCGAAUGAAGUUAGUCUCGAACCAUUGAAUGAUAAUUCACUUGAUGUUAAUGUUAGUUUGUAUUCCACUCCAGCUGAAUUCAUAGAUGCAUGGUUACGUGUAGGAGUUGAUAGUGAUUGGUCUGCAAGUCUUCUCUCCAAUCUUCAAGACAUUUCGAAUAUUGAUUCGACAUAUUUUUCAGAUGAUCAAGGAACUGCUAUUGCACAGAAUUAUAGUAAACUCUAUAAUCUACGUGUUAAAGGAAUUGAUGAUUCAAUUUCACUACCUUUGAACUCAUAUGCUCGUACUGCAAUAAAUGCACUAACUGCUACUUAUGAUGAGGAUCUUUACAAUGCAUUUUUCAAUGCUUGGGGAACUCAUAUAGUUGUUGAAACAACAGUUGGUGGUAUUACUGAAAAACAAAUUCUAUUUCAAAAAUGUUUAAAUUCAAGUGUAGCACGGUUAAAUGUUAAAGCAGAACUUCUUUCAAAACGUUCAUGUAUCAAUGAAGAUUAUCAUAAAUGGCGGAAAUCAUUUAGUGAUCGUCGUAUUGGUGGAAAUGUUGAUCUGAUUCAAGAUACAAAUGAAUGGUUUCGUACACUAGCUUAUGCUCCUGCAAUGAUUUCCGCUAAACGUUAUGUUUCAUGGACUGAUAUUGUAACAAAUCCAUCUAUAAAACAAAAUUUGCAAGAUGCAAUUAACAGACGAAUUAAUAAUGCCAAUGAAGAUCGACAAGAACAAGUAAAUAAAGUGUUUGAACAACGAAAACUUAAAAAUAUUCCAGCUAAUUUGAUCCUGUGGAGAGUAACUCAGAUUGAUGAUUUAACGAAUUCUUCGGUGAUUUCAUACCCAAUAGCUUCUAUUCCUGCCCUCCUUCAAAAUAUUAACAUUUGCGGUUCGGGUCAAACGCAAAACGAACUUUUAGGCUCUUCUUGUACAUUUACAAUCAAGAUGACUGCUUGUGGAUUACAAUCAAAUUCUCUUACUGAUAGAAUUACAGAAGUACCCAUUUCAUAUGAAAGAAAUUUAGUUACGGGAGAUUUUCGUGUUACAGCUUUGAGACAGUAUGGCAUUGGUGGAGAUAAAACUCCAUUCAAAAAUUAUGAUCUUGUUGGUAACUGGGUUAGAAGUGGUUGUUCAGAGAUUAUAAAUAAUCAAUGUGGGCUAUUAGCACUGGGUAGUGUUCAUCGAGUUCAAUUAUGUACACGUUGUUAUGUGCUUUGUGCUAACGCGAUGAACACUGAUUUAGCAAGUCGUUGUACAUGUCCAUCAUUGGCUGACAAUAAUUGUCCAGCUUAUUCGGAAGCAGGACCUUAUCAACCAUAUUGCAAUAACGAAGGAUGA